UGCGCUAGCAGCUCUGUGUGGAGUUGCGGGUGCGAGUGACGCUUCCCUACCGUUGAUCGUGCUUCGUUCCUCACGCACUUGUUCUUCGGUAGCAACCUGACAUCAUUUGUGAUUUGUGACGCCGCCGUCGUGUGACAUAACGCUACUGUGACGCGUCGCGUUUGGUGUUCCAACCGCGGGCGAAGGCGUGCCGGCACGAUCCCCCAUCCCGAGCCACCUGUGUCACGUGACCAUGGCGCAGAAGGUGGACCCGAGCGACCCGCGCGUGCGCAAGCUCGUGUACAACAUGUACAGGGGCAUGCUGGGUAACUACCACGGCCAGAGCAGCGACAUGGUGGGGCGCGCGCCCCAGGCCAAACAAGUCGUCGAAGACAAGGGCGUGAUGGACCAGAUACUCAGCAUGGCCCAGCAGCAGGCGGUGACGGACGGGCCGGCUGGCGCGCCGCCGCCUCCGCCUCCGCCGCCCCCUCCGCCUCCGCCGCCGGCCGCCGCCACCAAUGGCGCUCCUCCGCCGCCGCCGCCGCCGCCGGGCCUGCCCAGUGGGGUCAUACAGGCGCGUCGCAUCCCCACAGAGCUGGGUGCGCGCGCCCCUGUGCAGCGAGCACCGGGCGAGCCACCGGCCGUGAUCCAGACGGCCAUGGCCACCAAGGACAAGAAGCCGUUCACCUACCUGCCUGGCGGCAUCGACCUCUCAGAGAUUCGCAGUCCGCGCAUGCAGAAGCGUAUCAUGAUGAACGCGCGCAGCGACGGCGUGCAGGGCCCACCACCGCCGGCGCAGCAGGCGUCGGCGGAGGCGGCGCCGCCACCGCCGCAGGCCGCACCGCCUCCGCCUCCACCACCGCCGGUCUCGCCGGUGACGCCGCAGCCGCCGCCGCCGCCCGAGCGCGCGCAGUCGCACCGGCCUCAGUUCCGCAACGACCAGGGCGCACAGAUGGCGCCACCAACCCCUGUUCAGGCGGCGCCACCGUCGCCUGAAAAGGUGGCGCCGCCAUCGCUAAUUCAGGCCGCGCCGCAGCCAGUGCAGGUGCGUCCCACGAUAGUGCAGGCGCAGCGCGCCUCCACGCCGCCAAACGCGGCCGCAGAGAAGAUCGCUGCCAACCCGCCGUGGCGCGUGACGAAGCAGCCGUCAGCGGCGGCGGCGGACGCCGGCGACGGCGGCGUGGCGCGCGGUCAGGGCGAGCUCUUCAUCCAGCCGGUGGCGGCCGAGCCCGAGCCGGCCGUCCAGCUCCGCUCGGCGCCCAUGCCCUGGCUCAGCUCGCCGGCGGCGGCCGAGCCAGCGCCCGAGUUCGCCGCCGCCGCUCAGCAGAUCGAGGCGGCGCGGCUGGGCCGCGUGGCCGCCGCCGGGCCCCAGCUGGUGCAGCCGCAAGUGGUGCAGGCGCAGAUGGUGCAGGGACGGCCUCAGAUGAGCCCGCCGCAGCCGUGCCCGGUGGUGCCUCAGAUGGUCCAGAUGCAGCCCCAUGUGGUGCAGCAGCCGCCCCAGAUGGCGCAGCGCCAGGCGUCCCAGCCGGGCCAGCCGCGCGAGCACAUCAUCUCCAUCAGGGUGGAGAGCUCUCCGCCGCGCGGGGCUGCCUCGCCGCCGCAGCAGCAGCGUUGGGCUCAGCCGCAGCAGCCGCAGCAGCUCCAGCAGCAGCCACAGCAGUUCCAGCAGCAGCCACAGCAGUUCCAGCAGUUUCAGCAGCCGCAGCAGUUCCAGCAGCAGCAGCAGUUCCAGCAGCAGCAGCAACAGGCGCACUCUGCGCCGAUGCGGCAGCAAAGCCAAAGCUCUCAGAGGGUGGUACCUGUGCAGCUGAUGGCAGAUGAGAACGGCGUUCCGUUCUUGAACAUUGGCGGCCGCCUGAUCCCGGUCUCGGCGGACGGCUUCCAGCUGCCGGAAGGAAUCGUCAUGUCGGAGCAGGACCGCAGCCGCGUCGACGAGCCCAGUGAGCCCAUACAGUCGAAAUCUUUCAGGCUCAUCCAGCAAGUGGUGCAGUCCCAAGCCGGCCAGGCGACUCCUUCCGCCCCUGCCCAGCCGCGCGUGCGUCCGACCAUGACUUCGACUGACCCCGCGGAGGAUCUGGUGCCCUGCAUGCGCAGCGUUCAGCUGUCGGAUGACGACAAACAGCUGAUGAGCGCGUUCAAGGACAAAGUGGACGGCGAGACCGAGUCGUACCUUCACGCGGAGGCCGACCCGCGCUACCGGGGGGGCCACAUCCCCUCGAGAACUUUCCGAAUCCUGCAGGCGGCUACCGGCGGCCCCGACGGCGUUUCAGGCGGCGCGCCUCCAUCAGGCGCGAGGAUAGGCGGACCGGGCCAGGCGCGCACCGUCGUGGUCAACAUGCAGUCCGGCGGCGCUACGGGGCCGACUGUGCACCCCUCUCAGCAGGAGGUGCCUGAGCCGAAGAAGUACACGGGCGGCAGCAUCCCGUCGCGUAGUUUCCGUGUGCUCCAACAGAUGACCGCUGACGAUCAAGGGCCAGCACCGGCGCACCAGCCGAAGGAGCAGCCUCGUCGCUCGCCCAGCCACUACGCGCACAACGGCGGCGCGGCCCCGCAGCGCGCCGAAGCGGCGGCGGCGCCCGGGCGCUACGCCGGCGGCAAGAUCCCCUCCAGGGCGUUCCAGAUGCUGAGCAGCGACUACCCGGCGGAGGGCGCUGACAGGCCGGACGGCGCCGAGGCCGUGCUGGGAGAGCUGCGUGCGCAGGAGUACGGCGGCCAGGAGCAGGAGGCUCGCCGGGAGCCGGAGCCGGAGCUGGAGCUGGCCAAGCCGUCCGAGCGACAGAGGCUGGCCGCCACAUCCAAGACGUACCGCAUGCUGCAGGCCGACCCGGCAUCGGUGCCAUCUGUUUUCGGGAGGAACAGGCGCUAG